AAAAAGCAAAAGCAGUGGAAGUCCAAAACCGGGUCCCAGCCACAUUGUUUCUGGGGAAUCCAGUUGGAAAUUUGGCCUUCUCAUAGUCCCUUCAAGCGACUCUAGUAUAUUUAAGAUGAGCAACAAACGGAAGAGCACUAGUGGCGAAUCUGAGGGACCAUCCAGCAAAAGAAGCAGGACAACGAGCCCAGAGGAGAGUCCCACCCAGGAACCCUCUGAAACGUGUGACUCACCCAGGAUAUCCGGCACUGACAGAAGAGAAGACUUCCUGGAAAAAUAUCAACAGCUGGAGGUGCUGGGUCAAGGAGGCUUUGCCACCGUGUUUUCUGGAAUACGCAUAAAAGACAGUUUUCCAGUGGCAAUCAAACAUGUCAACCAGCGCAGAGUUGUGCGCACAACAAUGGAUUGGAACGGGAAAAGUAGUGAUAUUCCCCUGGAGGUGGCGCUACUGAUACAAGUUGGGGCUGGACCACACGAUACGGAAAGCAGUAUAACCCCACUUCUACUUGACUGGUUUGAUCUGGAAGAUGAGCUUAUUAUGGUUUUUGAGAAACCAGAAAAUUGCAUGGACUUAAACAAAUACCUCGAAACUACAGAUAAACCUCUGUCAGAGACACAUGUUAAAGUCAUAAUGAAACAAUUAGUCGAUGCAGCCAUUACGAUGGAUUACAAGGGGGUUUUCCACCGAGAUAUUAAACCACACAACAUUCUAAUCGAAACAUCUUCCGAAGAACCCCGAGUGCGAUACAUCGAUUUUGGCUGUGGAGUCACGUUUACUCCGGGAGAAAGGUUCAGGAGGAAAGCAGGAACCAGGAACUACAGUAGUCCAGAGUGGUUCACGCAUGGCUUCUGCUCUGCAGAAUAUACUACAGCCUGGCAGCUGGGUGUUGUGAUGUACCAGCUGUUACACAAGAAUUUACCAUUUGACUGCGACUACAAGAUCAUCAACCAAAACCCACCGAUUUUAGCUGACAUUUCAAACAAAUGCAGGGAUUUUUUGACGGGGUGUCUGAGGAAGCACUAUAAGGACCGCUUCACCCUGGAGGAUCUUUGGAAUCAUGCGUGGCUCAAAUAACUUCUGCGCACCAUCAAUCAAAAGGGUUACGGAGCAAAAGCUCCAACACAUAAGUCACUUUUCAAAUUUAGUAGCCAUAUUGCAGUUGCUGUUAUGUGGUUAUUUUUUGGUGUUUUCUUUUCCCCACAGAGCCAGUCCAGCAGCAAGCAGUCUAAGACCUCCAUCUGACCUUCAUCUAAAUAUUGGACACAAUCCCCCUCUAUACCCAGCCAUCCGUGGAGAGGGGAUCUCUCUUUGAAUUGCCUUUCCCGAGGUUUCUUCUCUCUUUAGAGGAGUUUUUCCUCGUCUUCUUAGAGAGCUUGGGCUGGGUUGGAUGCUGUUGUUUAUAUGAGCCUGGGAUAUAAAUAUGUAUAAAAAUUGGUCUCUAGAUUGGCUAAAAGAGACAAAGAAAGUUCCAGAGCUCAAUAUAAAGCAAAUUAUCAGUCAGAUUAGCAACAGCAACGUUAACCAGGGGGGAUUGUAUAUAAAUGUAUUAAUUAAAAGCACCACUAUUUGGCAGAAAACAUGACAAUUUACCAAUUGAUUAGUAACAUCAAAAUCAAUUAGAAGAAUAAGCAAAGUUUUCAGUCAGAUUUUUAACAAAUAAAUGCGAAUAAAUCAAAAGACAUCUUUUGUAGGCUUGCUUUAUGAAAAAUGUCAUCGAUGAAAAUGUCGUGUAUGACGCCAUGAUGCAUUCUAUUGUAGCCCAUCAUGCUAAUAUGACACUCCAUUCAGUGCCUAGAUGAACAGUUAGUUGUAGAAAUACACAAAUCGUGCUUAAUUGUGCAAUAUUACAUAUUACGCAAAUAUCUGCAUAAGUCAUAAAGGUAUUAGGACCCACAGUGUGUAAUUUUUAUGCAAAGGUCAAGACUCCACUAGUCUACAGAGGAUAAAAGGAACAUACUGUACAGUCACAGAA